ACUUCCGGCCCUUCCGCGCGGCUCGGCCCCACACUGACUCCGCCACACUCUGGUUCCGCCCUCCAGCCGGAAGGCCUGAGGGCUUCCGGCGCACGGGAUGUCAACGGGGCCCCCCUGGCUUCGAACCUGGCUCCUUUUUAAACAUUUCUAAAGGGCAUGUUGUUCUGAAAAUGAGUUUGGUGCUUAGAAAUCUGCAACGAGCUGUCCCCAUCAGGAGAGCGCCUCUUCGCAAGAAGUUGGAGAUUGUGAGGAGUAUAUUAGGGGUGCAGAAAUUUGACCUGGCUAUCAUCUGUGUUGACAACAAGAGUAUUCAGCACAUUAAUAAAAUCUACAGAGAGAAAAAUCUGCCAACAGAUGUGCUUUCCUUUCCAUUUCAUGAGAAUGUAAAAGCAGGUGAACUUCCCCAGCCUGAUUUUCCAGAUGACUACAAUUUGGGUGACAUUUUCCUAGGAGUGGAGUAUAUCUUCCAGCAAUGCAAAAGGAAUGAGGAUUACUAUGACGUCCUUACCGUGACUGCCACCCAUGGGCUCUGUCACCUGCUGGGCUUCACACACAGCACGGAGGCUGAAUGGCAGAAGAUGUACCAGAAGGAAAAGCAGGUUCUCGAGGAGCUGAGCCGGCGCACCAGGACCAGUCUCCAGCCCCUAAGCAGGGGCCUCUUCUGACUGCUGGAGGCCCAAGAUGUCUUCGACUUCUCAGCACCCCACACCAAGGGGCAGGAGGGCACGGCCAUGAGAAGAAAAUGGUUUCUUCACUGGUUACGUCUUCUGACAUGAAGUGCCAGGAGUCUGUGCAGACCCCACAGGUUAAGGGUUCAGUCCACAGCACUGCCCCCACUUUGGAGCAGGGUAUACGCGCCUCUGUCCACCUCUACCACAGAUCAGGGGACUGCGGGGGGUUGGGGCUCUGGACAGAAGUGGGGGUGAAGACCAAACCUGUAGCUCUUACAGCACACAGUCACGUUCUGCACAGCCAGCCUCCACCCCGUGCUCCAGGCACUUGGAGCUCAGACCCCCCUCCCAGGCAGGUUUGUAGCAGUGUCAGAAGUUGUGACUGGUUCCAUGUUCACGGCUCUCUUCCAGGGCCUGCUGUAUCCUCUUUAGCGUCCCCAGGUCAGCCUGCGCAGAACCAAGGGGACCCCCCCCUCCCAUGAGGGCUGCCUUCACCCCUGUGCCCCACAUCAACUGUGACCCCACUUGAUGCCCAGCAGUGCCUUGCUCUGUCCUGUCACAGCACCUGGACGCUCCUCGAUGCAGGAAGAUGUUUCCUUUAUCCCUGUGGACCGAAGGCUCCUGAAACCCUUGUAAUUUCUCGGGUGAUAGGCAUGUCUUUUGUUCUGAGGCAACUCUUAGGGGUUCCUGGGGGGCCCCGGGCCCCCGGAAAGACCUGCCAUGAUUGGAAGCUUGUUAACUUUUAGCCCCUUCCUCCCAUCCCAUUCUCCAGAGAGGGAGAAGGGCUGGAAAUGCAGUUAGUCUAUCUCACGGGCAUGCCUACGAGAGGAAGCCCCCAUAAAUCCCAGUAGCGCAGGGUCCCAAGAGCCUCCAAGUGAGUAAACACAUCCACACUGAAAGGGUGACACACCCCAACUCCACGUGGUGGAGGCUCCUGUGCAGGGGACCCUCCCAGACCUGCCCCACCCCUUAUCACAUCCUUCAACUGGCAAAUGUGUUUCCUGAGUUCUGUGAACAGCUCUAACAAAGUAAUCGAACCUGAAGAGGGGGUCAUGGGAACCUCUGCUCCCUGACCCAGCAGGUCAGGAGCAGGGACAAGUGCACUUGCAGCUGGCGAGGGAGGUGGGGGGCGGUCUUGUGGGACUUCAUUCUCAUGCAGGUGGACAGUGUCAGAACCGAGUUGGAUGGCAGGACAUCCUGGUGAUGCCAGAGAGGACUGGUAACUAGGAGUGACAGAAGUGCCUGUUCUAUGUGUGAGUAAAGGACAUUGACGAGGAAGGACUGGGUUUUCCUCACUCGAGACACAGACAAAACUGAGUUUUUCCAAUUUAUCAGGCCAUCCAAAGACAUCCAACUUCUGUUAAACUUCCUCCCUGUAUUUAAUUAAUAAUUGUGUUGAGAAAUAAAACCCAAUUGUGUUGAGAAAAGCCAUGUUAGAAAACAUCAACAUUGGGACGCCUGGGUGGCUCAGUCGGUUAAGCGGCCAACUUCAGCUCAGGUCAUGAUCUCACGGUUCGUGUGUUCAAGCCCCACGUCAGGCUCUGUGCUGACAGCUCGGAGCCUGAGCCUGCUUUGGUUUCUGUGUCUCCCUCUCUCUCUGCCCCUCCCCCACUCAUGCUCUGUCUGUCUCUUAAAAAUAAACAU